AACCAUGUCAGAGCUGAUCAGGGCGGAGCCAUCCUAGUGGGAGGAGCCUAAAUAUGACACACCUGUUGUUUUUGUCCACAUUCUGUCAUUCUGUCCUGGAUCAGACAGAGGACAGUCUGCUGUCUCUGAUUGGACAAACUGGAGGACUUAUUUGCUGUCUGGAGGACACAAACUCGAGGUUCUGGUUCUGGAGUGAUCCAUAAUCUCUGCACUGCUUCAAAGCUCCAUGUGUGUGAGCUGAUGUGAACUGAGCAGCAUGGAUCAGUGUGAGGACAGAGAGGACAGAGUCCCUCCCUCUAAAACCACUCUGUGUGGAGAACAUGAGGACCAGAGCAAAGUUCAGAGGAUCCAACAGACCCUCAAACCAGAACCAGAACCAGAACCCAGCUGUGUGUCCUUAAAGAGCAACAGGUCAAUGGAUAUUGGUAUUAAUUAUAAAUCAGCAAAACGUUCAGCUGCAAACAGAGUGGACCAGCAGAACUCACAGGUUUCUAGUGGUCCAUCUGCACAGCAGCAUCAAACACAGCUGGACUCCAUAUUUAUGCUGCUGGAGGACAACAUUGUUACUUUUGUGAAGAACGAGCUGAAGAAGAUCCAGAAGGUUCUGAGUCCAGAUGACCCAGAAUGCUUAGAGAGUCAGUGGGAGGAUGAGGAGGUGUUGGAAGGUGAGGAUAAAGAACAGAGAAGGAGGAGCACUAAAGCUUUUGUGGAGAUCACACUGACCUACCUGAAGAAGAUGAAGCAGGAGGAGUUGGCUGAACGUCUGCAGAGCAGGUUUUUUUCCUCAGUUUGUCAACAUAAACUUAAAUCUGGUCUGAAGAAGAGGUUCCAGUGUGUGUUUGAGGGGAUCGCUAAAGCAGGAAAUCCAACCCUUCUGAACCAGAUGUACACAGAGCUCUACAUCACAGAGGGAGGGACUGGAGAGGUCAAUGAUGAACAUGAGGUCAGACAGAUUGAAACAGCAUCCAGGAAACCACACAGACCAGAAACAACCAUCAGACAAGAAGACAUCUUUAAAGUCCCACCUGGAAGAGAUCAACCAAUCAGAACAGUGAUGACAAAGGGAGUGGCUGGCAUUGGGAAAACAGUCUUAACCCAAAAGUUAACUCUGGACUGGGCUGAAGACAAAGCCCACCAGAACAUCCAGUUCAUAUUUCCAUUCACCUUCAGAGAGCUGAAUGUGCUGAAAGAGAAAAGGUUCAGCUUGGUGGACCUUGUUCAUCACUUCUUUACUGAAACCAAAGAAAUCUGCAGCUUUGAACACUUCCAGGUUCUGUUCAUCUUUGAUGGUCUGGAUGAGAGUCGACUUCCUCUGGACUUCCACAACAAGGAGAUCCUGACUGAUGUUACAGAGUCCACCUCAGUGGAUGUUCUGCUGACAAACCUCAUCAGGGGGAAACUGCUUCCCUCUGCUCUCCUCUGGAUAACCACACGGCCUGCAGCAGCCAAUCAUAUCCCUCCUGAGUGUGUUGGCAUGGUGACAGAGGUCAGAGGGUUCACUGACCCACAGAAGGUGGAGUACUUCAGCAAGAGAUUUAGAGAUAAGAAGCAGGCCAGCAGGAUCAUCUCACACAUCAAAAGAUCAAGAAGCCUCCACAUCAUGUGCCACAUCCCAGUCUUCUGCUGGAUCACUGCUACGGUUCUGGAGGAUGUGUUGAAGACCAGAGAGGGAGGAAAGCUGCCCAACACCCUGACUGAGAUGUACAUCCACUUCCUGGUGGUUCAGACCAAAGUGAAGAAGGUCAAGUAUGAUGGAGGAUCUGAGACAGAUCCACACUGGAGUCCAGAGAGCAGGAAGAUGAUUGAGUCUCUGGGAAAACUGGCUUUUGAUCAGCUGCAGAAAGGAAACCUGAUCUUCUAUGAAUCAGACCUGACAGAGUGUGGCAUCGAUAUCAGAGACGCCUCAGUGUACUCAGGAGUGUUCACACAGAUCUUUAGAGAGGAGAGAGGGCUGUACCAGGAAAAGGUGUUCUGCUUUGUCCAUCUGAGUGUUCAGGAGUUUCUGGCUGCUCUUCAUUUCCAUCUGACCUUUAUCAAGGAUGGUGUCAAUCUGAUGGAAGAAAAACCAACCAUUUUUGUUUUGGUAUUUUUUCAUUACAAACUACAUCUAACAAGUCUCCAUCAGAGUGCUGUGGACAAGGCCUUACAGAGUCCAAAUGGACACCUAGACUUGUUCCUCCGCUUCCUCCUGGGUCUUUCAGUGGAGACCAAUCAGACUCUCCUCCUAGGUCUGCUGACAGAGACAGUAAGUAGCUCACAGACCAAUCAGGAAACAGUUCAGUACAUCAAAGAGAAGAUGAAUGAGAACCUGUCUGCAGAGAAAAGCAUCAACCUGUUCCACUGUCUGAAUGAACUGAAUGAUCGUUCUCUGGUCCACGAGAUCCAAAAGUCUCUGAGUUCAGGAAGUCUCUCCACAGAGAAACUGUCUCCUGCUCAGUGGUCAGCUCUGGUCUUCAUCUUACUGUCAUCAGGAGAAGAUCUGGAUGUGUUUGACCUGAAGAAAUACUCUGCUUCAGAGGAGGCUCUUCUCAGGCUGCUGCCAGUGGUUAAAGCUUCAACCAAAGUUUUAUUGAAGAACUGUAACCUAUCAGAGAGAAGCUGUGAAGUCCUGGCCUCAGUUCUCAGUUCACAGUCCUCUGAUCUGAGAGAAAUGGACCUGAGUAACAACAAGCUGCAGGAUUCUGGAGUGGAGCUGUUGUCUUCUGGACUGAAGAGUCCUCACUGCAAAGUGGAAACUCUCAGAUUGAAGAACUGUAACCUCUCAGAGAGAAGCUGUGAAGUUCUGGCCUCAGUUCUCAGCUCCCAGUCCUCUAAUCCGAGAGAGAUGGACCUGAGUAACAACAAACUGCAGAAUUCUGGAGCGGAACUGUUGUCUUCUGGACUGAAGAGUCCAAACUGCAAACUGGAAACUCUCAGACUUAGAUCCUGUAACCUCUCAGGGAGAACUUGUGAAGUUCUGUCAUCAGUUCUUAGAUCCCAGUCCUGCUGUCUGAGAGAGGUUGACCUGCUGAACAACAACCUACAAGAUUCAGGGGAGACGUUGCUUUCUGGUUCAGACUGUACACUGGAAAUAUUCAGGAAGCCUGCUGGAGUCCGAUGGUUGAAACCAGGUCUGAGGAAGUAUUCCUGUCAGCUCACAAUCGACACAAACACAGUGAACAGAAACCUCCAACUGUCUGAAGACAACAGGAAGGUGACACAUGUGGAGGAGCUUCAGUCAUAUCUUGAUCAUACAGACAGAUUUGAUUACUGGCCUCAGCUGCUGUGUAGUGAUGGUCUGACUGGUCGCUGUUACUGGGAGGUUGAGUGGAGAGGAUAUGUUUUUAUAUCAGUGAGUUACAGAACAAUCACAAGGAAAGGAGACAGCUAUGACUGUUGGUUUGGAUAUAAUAAUCAGUCCUGGAGUCUGAGCAGCUCUGAUGGUGGUUACUCUGUCUUGCACAAUAACAGAAUUACAUCCAUCCACUCCUUCUCCUCCAUCUCUAACAGAGUAGCAGUGUAUGUGGACUGUCCUGCUGGCAUUCUGUCCUUCUAUAGAGUCUCCUCCAACUCACUGAUCCACCUUCACACCUUCAACACCACAUUCACUGAACCUCUUUAUCCUGGAUUCUGGAUCAGUUCUGGUUCCUCAGUGUUUCUGUUUUGAGUCUAAAGAGUCUCCUCCUGUCGGAGAAACACUCUCACUGUUGAACAGAUAGUUCAGUCUCUACAUGUCUGUCUCUUUCACUCAGAAACAUUUUCACAUUCAGUCAGUUUCUUUCUGAAACUCUUGGAAAAGAUUCCUUGUAAACUUCGUCCUCUUCCAGUCCUUUAAAGAUGGAAGCUGGGAUUAUUCCAGAAUCCAAAGGUUUUGUUCUGUUUUCAGUCAAAGCUUCAUUUAGAGGUUUUCCUGCAAUGUGCUUCCAGUGCUAUACCAAGGCUGCUGCUGGAGUUGGUUCUUUAUUGGUUCUUUACUGGUUCUUCACAUCUCUUCCAGUAAUUGGUUGAUCCUGGCUCUUAAUAUCACCAUCCAAAGAAAGUUUAACAUUUCUAUCUACAGUCCUUUGUGCCAUGUCUUUUGAUUGUGUCACUAAUGUAGUUUUUUUUCAUUUGAUCUGAACAGUUUUGUACUUUAGUCCCAGAUGAACAGGCUGCCUCCUCAGGAUCUGUGGGCUGUGAAGCUCAGGGUUUCUGGAACUGAUUUGUGAUGAAAAAUGAUGACGUGAGUGGAGCUGCUGUUUUAACUGCCCAGGUGGUUGUUCAGUUCCUCACUGUUAGUAUCUGCUAUGUUUUAAUGAGCCAGAUCAGUUCACAAUAUGACUUCUGAUGAGACUGUUCCUAAAAGAAGAAUCGUUCCAGACUAUUUGUGGCUGAACUGCAGAUGAUGGAAAUGUAAAUAUUGGAGAAUAAAACAGUAUUUGCUACCAGUUUUCUGACUGUUAUUUUACAGAACAUCAAAUAUGUCUAAAAGGUUAAAACACUGAUGGACUCAGCCAGUCUCAGUCUCCUGCAAAUACUCAUUUGACCUUUAGUCCCAAGAGAGGAGGAGGGGGUGUCUGUCCCAGCAGUCAUUAAUGGACUACAGGCUGAGGACACACUGGACAGGUCACCAGUCCAUCACAGAGUCAGGGUUGGAUCUACCUCACCAAAGUCUAGGUUCUGAUUGGGUCAACUGGAC